AAUCAUGGGUUUGGUCGAUAGAAUCAUCGCGUCAGCUGCUUGUUUUGAUCCUGAUAGUAGUAAUGGAGAUGGGUUCCUGAAGAGAGAGGAAAAAGAUGAAGGGAGCUCUGUUAAUGGUGAGGGUUUGAAGAAGAAGAAGAAGAAAGGAGAAGGAUUGAUUGAGUGCAGGAUUUGUCAAGAGGAAGGAGAUGAGAGCGAUAUGGAAGCUCCCUGUGCUUGCAAUGGAACCCUCAAGUUUGCUCACAGGAAAUGCAUACAGAGAUGGUGCAAUAAGAAGGGGAACAUCACAUGUGAAAUUUGCAACCAGGUAUAUGCACCCAACUAUUCAGCACCACCAACUAGAUCCAGUUCGGACAUGAUAGCCAUUGAUAUCAGACAAGGUUGGGCGGGUGCAAGAAUUGAUCUAAAUAAUUCCCAUUUUCUCGCCAUUGCUGCUGCUGAGCAAGAACUGCUAAAUGCAGAGUAUGAACAUUAUGCAGCUGCACACAACAAUGGGAUAGCUUGCUGCCGCUCUGUUGCUCUUAUUUUGAUGUUUCUUCUUCUUGUUCACCAUGUUCUUAUGGUUAUACGAGAUGUUGGAAUGGUCCAUGACGCGUCAGACUUCUUCAAUCUAUCCCUUCAGUUUGCUGGUUUUCUUUUACCAUGUUAUUUGAUAGUACGCUCAUGCUACCUUCUCCAAGGCCGGAGAAGAAGACAGGCCUAAGAUAUGCCUUAAGAGUUCACCCAGUGACGAGAGAUCUAGGAUUACCCUUCUGUGAGAGUUUGCUCAAAUGACGAGAGAAUUGAGCUCGUACUCGUGCAACUUCCAAGCUUUUUGAUAUUCGCAAUACCGGAGACACCCGACUCACUUCGUUUCCAAGGGAAUUGGAUGCAAAAUGCAUGCCUCGCUAAACAAUUGGUUUCACUUUUUCUGUGAGAUCAAAGAAUGGCAUUUAGAAGAAAAUGUAUAUAUGAGAAUGAUUUUGAAUGGGCUGUCGCCCAAUGUAAUUAUCUCCAAUGUCGUGAUAGAAAUGUUUUAUGUCCCCUUAAGCUAUCGUCUUCUUGAAAUUUAUCUUUACAGCAUAUGACCAUGCAAUUGCAAUUUCAGAGAU